AUGAAUCAAGCAUUAAUGAGUUUAACCCUCACUCCUAAUAAGAUGAUUAUAGAUCCUGACUUUCAAUUAACUCGAAUUUCUAACAAGUUGAUCAUUGAUAGAGGAAACAUGAAAAUGUGGGAAAGUAAAGAAAAAUUCGAUUAGAGUUUUCAACCCAGAAAGAUUUUUGGUAUUUUGGGUAUAUUCGAAGUAAGCGGGAAGCCCGUGCUAUUGUUUAUAGAGGAUGCAGAUAUGAUUGGGAUAUUGGAAGGAUGGCCAAUCUAUCAGAUUACUAAAGUGGGAUUUGUAGACAAGAAACAUUAAGAGCCUGAACAUGACAUUUUUGAGAAGGAUCAAUUAGAGAAGGUGAAGAAUCUCUUCAUCAACUCUUUUUAUUUUAGUUAUGGAAUAGAUUUGACUAAUCAAUCAAAUUAUCAGCAUAAUCGAUUUUGGUGGAACAGCAAUCUUUGUAAGAUGUUUCCACCUGAAUGGCAAUUGAAGAUCAUACAAGGUUAUGUUGGGAUCUUCUCAAUAACCUUAAGAAAUUUGAAUCAAAUUCAAUAUUGUCUAAUCAGUCGUAGAUCCUUUUAUAAAGGAGGGUCGAUACGGAAUGACACUGGCAUAGACACUGAAGGGAAUGUUGCCAAUUACACUGAGACUGAGCAAUUGGUCUACAUGAACAACGAAAAGGCUAAAUAGAUUUUGUGUAGGGGUAGUAUUCCUCUCUUUUGGUAAUACAACAUCUUUAAUAAUUAAAUUGUAAUGAGUUAAGAAGACCCAAAAAAGGCGAUGAAUAAGCACUUUCAAAUUCUAUUGUCCAAUUUCAUCAAAAUCCAUUUUAUCAAUUUAGUUGAUGAUGGUUCAUAACUCCCAAAUCAAUUAGACAGAUAUCUAACUGAGUCAGAGUAAAUGUCUAUCUAUAAAUUCAAUUUCAAGUCAGCAUUUCUCAAUAAGGAUUUGGAUAGUAUCAAUAAAUACCUAGAAAAACUGAAUGAAUGUGUUGAUUACUCAUCCACUUUAGGACAUAGAUAGCAAAAUAUCAUGAGGAUCAACUGUUAUGAUUGUUUGGAUCAAACUAAUAUUGUGAUGGCCAAAGUUGCCAUGAUGGGAGUUUAAAAAAUCUUAUAAACUUUCAAAGUUGACAUCUUAUAGGAAUUUGAUGCUUAGAAUCUCUACGUUGAUUUGGACAUCCCAAGUAUUCACAAUAUACAUCCUUUCCUCCUCUAUUUCAAAUCGAAAUGGAUGGAAAAUGGAGAUCAAUUGAGAUUAAUUUAUAAGGUUGGAUAAUAGAAUAGUGAUUUGAAUCAAUUUUAUAAAAACAUGGUUGAGGAAAAAUAAUUGAAAGAAGUUAUUCACAGAGCACUUGGAUUCCCAAUAUCGGAGAGUUAGGCCAAUGAAAAUAUUAUGAUGUUAGAAAGAACUAUGAAAAAGAGAGAAAAUGAAUACACAUAAUUGUUGUAGAAGAGUGUUUAUGUUGUUACUUGGAACAUCAAUGCUCAUUAACCCAAUGAUAAGUCUUUGUAUAGUUAGCUCUUUCAAUUCUAAACUCCUCCUCACAUUGUGGCUAUAGGAUUUCAAGAAUUAGUCAAACUUAAUACUCUGACUGUAGUUGGUCGGUAGAAUAGAGAUGUCAUUGAAAAUUGGAAAUAGAUAUUAUAUAAUUGUCUGAAUACUAAAGCAAAGUAUGUUUUAGCAGCUCAAUAAGUUAUGGUCGGUACUUUCAUCUUAGUGUUUGUGUUAGAUGAUGAAAAACUGCACAUUUCAAAUGUCAAAACUGAAAUUGUCAAAUAUGGAUUUGGAUAAUCAUUAGGCAACAAAGGAGGAGUGAUCAUUAAACUGAGAUUUUAUGACAGUAACAUCUGUUUUGUCAAUGUGCAUUUGCCAGCUGGACAAAAGUCUAAUGAUGAUAGAAUGGCUGCAUUUGACUAUAUCCAUAAUAGAGCUGAAUUAAAUUAAUGCGAUUGGGUUAUAACAUUUGGAGAUAUGAAUUUCAGAAUCAAUCUAGCACAAUAAUCAGUCGUAGCCAGCAUCUCUAACUAUCAAAAUAUAUAAAACCAAGAAUAGAAAGAAGCCAUUUUGAAACAUUUAAAAGGUAUUAAAUUCUAAGUAUUAAAAGAGUACGAUUAGAUGCAUCUAGAAAAAUUAAAAUCUUAAUACUUAAAGCAAUUUCACGAAGCUGAUAUUUAAUUUUUACCUACUUAUAAGUAUGACAUAGGAACUGAAAUCUAUGACACAGUCAAAAAAAGAGUCCCUUCAUUUACUGAUAGAAUUCUGCUCAAAAAGAUUUAGAAAGUAGCCAUUCAUUCAGUUGAAUGGUAUGAUAGAAUUUAAGGUAAUUUUCAAGUCUCUGAUCACAGACCAGUUGGUUGUCUCAUUCAAACCUAAGUAUGUGAGAUAGAUAAAAAAAAAAAAGAAAAUUUGUUCAGAGAAUUGAUUCAAUUAGAAGAAGAUGAACAAAUCGGACAUCAAUAUUUUCCAAAGAUUUAAAAUAUUAAAAAUUUUGAGCCGUGUACCAAGUAUAAGUAAAGAGCUAGUUAAUUAAAUGUUACUCUAAAGCCAGAUAGAGAAUUGUUAAUGAAAUUAUGCAACCCUGAAUUUGAAUGA